UCACUUUGGUUCUCCUCCCUCUAGUCCUCUCCUUCACUGGCGUCCAAGACCCACCACCUCAUUUCCAUCAUGUCCCUCCUCUCCUUCCUCCUCCUCCUCCUCCUCCUCCCUCUUGCCUCCUCCUCCUCCUCCUCCUUUCCGCACGGCAAUCGCAGCUCUCUUCCACAUUUCAGCACGGGCAACGUCUCCUUCCACAUCGACUGCGGCUCUGCCACCGACUCCACCGACCCCUUCAACACCACCUGGCUCUCCGACCGCUUCUUCACCGGCGGCUCCUCCUCCGUCGUCUCCGAGCCUCUCCGCUUCCGCUUCCCCCCGGAGAAGACCCUCCGCUUCUUCCCCCCUCUCUCCUCCGGCAAGAAGAACUGCUACGUCCUCCCCGACCUCCCCUCCGGCCGCUACUACCUCCGCACCUUCACCGUCUACGACGACUACGACGGCAAGUCCCGCCCCCCCAGCUUCGACACCUCCGUCCAGGGCACCCUCGUCUUCAGCUGGCGCUCCCCCUGGCCCGAGGACGUCGCUCGCCUCGGCGCCUACUCCGAUCUCCUUGCCUUCGUCCCCGAUCGCCAGGCCGAAAUCUGCUUCUACAGCAUCGCCACCGACUCCCCCGUCAUCGGAUCGCUCUCCUUGAUUCAGGUCGAUCCGUUGUCCUACGAUGCCGCUUCGAUUGGGGACGGCUUCAUUCUGGUCAAUUACGGUCGACUGGACUGCGGUUCGGGCCAAUGGGGCCCCGGGUUCAGCAAUGACACGGAUUACUUCGGCCGUUCGUGGCAGUCGGACUAUGAUUUCCGAUCGCCCGACUCGCGGAACAAUGUCGAGGUCAUCUCCACAAAUAGUACCAUUUCAGGGGCUAAUCAGCAACCGAAUUAUUUCCCAAUGAAGUUGUAUCAGACGGCUAUCAUGGCAAGGGAAGGGUCUCUAGAUUACGCAUUGGAGGUUGACGCGAAGAUGGAUUACUUGUUGUGGCUACAUUUCGCGGAGAUUGAAUCCAAAACGAGUGGAGCUGGGCAGAGGGUCUUUGAUGUGGUGGUGAAUGGGGACAAUUUGACCAGGGUUGACAUAUAUAAGGAGGUUGGGCUUUUUGCGGCGUAUGAUUGGCAUUACACAUUGAAGAACUUGAGCAGCACGACUUUGAGUGUGAAGCUAGAGCCAGUUGUAGGAGUACCCUUGAUUAGUGGGCUGGAGAAUUACGCACUGGUUCCUGUUGAUCUUUCCACUGAUCCUGAGCAAGUGGCUGCUAUGAGAGCAUUGAAAGAGUCACUCGGUGUUCCUGAGAGAAUGGGUUGGAACGGUGACCCUUGUGCUCCUACCAGUUGGGAUGCUUGGGAGGGAGUUACAUGUCAUCCCAACAAGGAUAAGACUUCCCUUAUAAUAUAUCAAAUAGAUCUUGGGAGUCAAGGCUUGAAAGGCUACAUAAGUGACCAGAUAAAUCUUUUGUCGAACUUGGUAAGCUUGAAUUUAAGCUCAAAUUUUUUGCGGGGUACUGUUCCAUCUGGACUUGGGGAAAAUGCUCUUGCACGACUGGAUUUGUCAGGCAAUCAGCUCACUGGCUCUAUACCAGAUAGUCUAGCUUCUUCAAAUAUGCAACUUGUGCUAUUAAAUGAUAACUUAUUGGAAGGGAAGGUCCCAGAGGGACUCUAUUCGAUUGGUGUCCAUGGAGGUUCUAUAGACCUCUCUGGUAAUAAAGCGCUAUGUGGAGCACCAUCUUUGCCUGCCUGUUCUCUUCUUUGGGAAAAUGGUGGAUUAUCUUCCGGUGCUAAAAUUGGCAUUGGCCUAUCAUGUGUUACCUUCAUCGUGCUGCUACUGGUGUUAUUCAUUUUCUGCAUCAGAAGAAAACGCAAUGACUAUGACUUUGGUUUACCUCAGGAGUUGAUGUCACUUUCUGCUAAGAGAAACCGGUACCAGAGGCAGAAAUCACUGAUGCUCCUUGAAAUGGAAAGCCAACAUGCCAAAGGAUUGCCCACGCCUUUCAGUCCCAACUAUCAGAAGUCUUGAAAAGCGAAGAGCAGUGAAGAUUGACCUUGUCCUCUCCUCAAAAGGGAGUGCCGGAUUCAAUUAUAUCAUCGGCCUAAAAAUGAUGCAAGCGGCUUCUCUGCUUUAGAUAAGACGAAUUGCAUCCGUUCAACUUUUGAGCAAUUUGCAAGAAAAUGGGGUCAUAAAAUGUCAAAUUGCGAUUGAGAUGCACCGCAUCUCAAUCCCACGUUGAUGAUCGCUCGACAUAGUUCAUUGUACCAUGUAUACCGUGAUUUUUGGCAUUAUAGGAGAAAAAUCGAAAGGACUCAAACUGGAUGGGUCAAUUGAUGUAGUUGUAAAUGAUGUAUUUUCACAUUACAAGUGGCCCUGAAUUGCUUGAAGAGAAGCUUUGGCAACUACACUACAUACUAAUACUGUGGCAGCUAAUUGUGGUCUG